AUGGUAUCUGGCCAAGAGAAGGAUAUGGCAAGGGAGGAAGGGCCCAGUGCACCUAAUGAGGUGGUGAAUAAUGCUGCUGAGAUUGGUCUCAAUCAAGAUAAGGCAAUGGCUGACAUUGAGCUGGAUGACAUCGAGAACCUAGACCUGGAGGAUAAGGAUAACUAUGUUGAACCAGAUACCCAUGUUAAAGCUAAUAACCAUGAUGAAGCUGAUAACCAUGGUGAAGCUGAUAACAAUGGGGAGGAGGACAACACCGGUGAAAAGGAGAACACUGGUGAUGAAAAUGACUUCACUGAGGGUGAAGGCAUGAGUUAUCCUGUCUCAGAGGAGAUUGUCCAACUACAAGCUAAAGUGUCAACCCAGAAUAUCACCAUCUUGCAGCAGCAGAAGUCCAUUGAUGGACUCACAAAGCUGACUAACAAGCUUAAGGCUGAGUUAGGCGUUGUCACGAAGGAGGCUUGCCAAUUCCGUCGCAGCCUGGGCCUAAAAAAUCGCCAAAUUGAGGCGCUUCAGGAAAGAUGCAACAAUAUGGAAGCAUCAUUCAACAAGCUCUAUGAGCAGUUCAGGAAGCUUAGGAGGGAGGGCAUUUACCAGCCUCAUCCUGGACGUAGGCCCGCUCCUGCUGCUCAGCCGGCACUCGCUCCGCCCGCACCUCCGCCGGUAGGCGCUGCGACGGAUGUGCAUCAGCCACCUACAACCGAGACCUCGCCCGUUGGGUCUCUCUCGGCGCCUGUGCCUGAAUUUAACCAUAGUAAGACGGAGGUGAAGCCUUGGCUUGACCUGGUGAAUGACACCAUGACCCUUGCGAAUGUGCGCCCUGAUGCUCACGAAUAUGCGGUCGAGUUUGAGGCCGCAGCACGCUUGCUCCAAAAGCCCAUGUCUGUGGAGGAGAUGAUGCACAUCUUCAUGAAGGGCCUCCCUGUCAACCUGCACCAGGCACACAUGACCGGUGGCCUGACCAAUUGGACGACUUACAAGGAGAUGAAGGAGCAGGUGAUCAAAACUGACAACAUCAUCCGCACGUACAUUUAUGGUCCUGCAAAGCCAAACCAGCAGCCCCGUGCUGAGGGCUCUGGUGGUCGUGGGAACCGACCCCAGAAUGCCAAUGGCGGGGGCGGUUGGAACAAGUCGCCUUUGCAGCAGCGAGAUCACCAGCCUGGGCCACAGGCCAAGAGGCCUAACAGAGGGGGAGUUCAUGGCCCUAACAAGCCGGACUUUUCCGACAAGCAUUGCAGAGGCUGUGGAAGGAUGGGGCAUGUCCAAAAGCACUGCCAUGACAAGAACACUAUCAAGUAUUCUGGGAAGCCUAAGCCAAGAGGCGCUGAACCUUAUGGAAAGAAGGAUUUUCAGAAGCCCAACUAG